AUGUCUCCAUCAGCGGUUCAUCGGAUACCGGUGGAGAUAUGGACACAUAUCCUUGAUCUCGCGAUUGGAGAAGCCUCGUUGCCUCCGCCGCCUGACAAGACUAUAGUCGAGGACCUGCGAUUCUUCCAGAGCAGAAAGGAGCCUAUGAACGUCCGUGCAUAUAGAGAAACUCGUAAAGCAGAGCUUUCUCUCGUAUGCCGUCUUUUCCAUACUAUUUUGCGAGGAUUACCUUCCGCUUCAACAGAGGACUCGGUCACUUACCGCUAUAAUUAUAGGCGGAGAGGAGAUCCGCGUAGCCUAUUUGGUAUGAGAACUUUGUAUAUUUCUCAUGAUAGAGACGGGUUACCACUGGAGUGGUACGCAAAGAAAUGGAGUUCAAUCGAAGUCGUUUAUACGACAGUGCGACUGAUGGACGACGUAAUUCGACUACUCUCUCACACUCCAAAUGUCAAGGCUUUAUUCUGUGAGAGACUCCACUCUUGGGCAUACUGCAGAGUCGCUGCUAUAACGCGGCUUCUAUCAUCCGAUGUGGGCCAACGUCUUACGCAUCUCUCUAUCUACAUUCCGUACGAUCAAGUCUUGGACCCACUUAAAUUACCGUCGCUGCGCUUCCUGGAGCUUGACAUUGACAUGUAUUGGGUAAAAACUACCACCGCCCGGCAGUACGGAGAGGCGCUCCCAUGGACAUGUCAUAACCUUCGUUCAUUAUCAAUCAAAGGAAGCAUGUCGAAGGCAGUAUUUGACCUUCUUAUCCCAUUCUUUAGACGACAUGCAACGUCGGUAAAAGACCUCCUCGAUCGCCUCGAAGAAAACUACGAUAGGUCGUGUCUACUACAAUACUUUCAAAACGUAGAAACCUACGGCGCAAACGGAAGCCGCCUCCAAAUAAGUUCACGGCCUAGGGAGGUGCAUGCAUCUCCGGAUUCUCGCUCUAUUACUUUCCUUAUGAUGACACCUCUCGAUCACUUUGAGCUAGGCGCGAAUGAAUUACAGCUCGAAGCACAUGUCCGUGGCUUCACGUCGCCCGGUUCGCCCUACGUUGUGGCCAAGUUGAUGGUCAAUACGAGUUGGGAGACGCUCAAGGAUUGGCUUUCGAGCUUUGCAAUAGUAUCCUCAGUCGGAAUAUCUCUUUCAAGACUUGACAAUAUCGCCUCAAAGGGGGUUCCUCUCGUUGAUUGGGACGGAGUCGCUUAUCAAACCGCGAAGCAGCGCAAUAUGUCAACGGUGCCUGAGUAG